CGAGUCUCUUCUGUUUGUUUCCAGAUUAAUCGGCCAUCCGUCAUGGCGAUGCAUGCGAAGGCGACUCCGCCGCAGAUCCCGGACACUCGCCGGGAGCUCGCUGAGCUCGUAAAGAGGAAACAAGAACUCGCGGAGACAUUGGUGAACUUGGAAAGACAAAUAUAUGCAUUUGAAGGCAGCUACCUAGAAGACACCCAGAUGUAUGGCAACAUCAUCAGAGGAUGGGACAGAUACCUCACCAACCAAAAGAACUCCAAUAGUAAGACUGAUAGACGGAAUAGGAAAUUCAAAGAAGCCGAGCGUUUAUUCAGCAAGUCAUCUGUUACAUCAGUUGCAGCCGUGUGUGCACUCGGUGGUAUACCAGAUCACAUGAAUGAAAAGCGUGAGGCAGGCAGCGGCACAGAAAGCGAUACCUCUCCAGAUCUCCAGAACCAAGAAAACGAGCCCAGCCAGGAGGACACGGAGGAUGUGGACUCAACGCUGCAGGACCUGAAGCCUCAGAAGGCUGCCUCCUCCUCCUCCUCAGGCAGCCACCACGGGAGCCACAAGAAGAGGAAGAACAAAAACAGACACAGUCCUUCUGCCAUGUUUGAUUAUGACUUUGAGUUUGACAUGAAGGUUAACAAGAAACCCAGAGCUGAUUACUCGACUUAAAACACCUGGAGGACCUGGACACAUGAGGAUACAUGAGAUUUCUGGACUCUUUUUUUUUUUUUUUUUUUUUUUUUUUUUAAUCACUCUUCUUUUUUGUUGUUGUUGUCAUAUUUCAGCCUGUACUGUGUACAUCAAUUGAAACAUUCCCCUCACCACCUACCACUGGAUGGGGUUCACUUUUUGAUCUACCUUCAGUAGAAAUACGGUGUUGCUUGUUACUUGUCGCCUAGUGGGGCUCUCCGCCAAUAACACAUCAUCUUGUAUAGUGUUUUUUCUUUUCUUUUUUUUAAAGAAAAUGACUGUAUUUAUUGUGUAGCUAAUUUUCUUGUUUCCCAUUGUAAGAAAGUCUUUUUUUGUUAAGCAUUACAUGGUCAGAUUACCCUCAAAUGCCCCAAAUUCUUUUAUGACAUUGUUUGUUUGGCAAAAAAAUAAAAUACUUCAGCAAGAA